UCAUAGAUAUCUACAUAGCUAGUGUGUACCUACAUAGUACAUAAUACAUAUCAUUUUGACGUUUGCUAUGAGUGCUGUUGUGUGUAGUCCUUAUAAUCUUUUAUAAAAUAAAGGUUAUCGUUUAAUUUGUUAUAAUGUUGCCCAGAUGUUUACACCGUCAUGUGAAAAAUGGUAUUACACUAACCCGAUAUUAUUCUAAUGUUCCGCAGCCAGAGCCAGCACAGGUUCUAGUUGAUGAAUCCGUCAAAACUAGUCCACUAGAUCAUCCAGAUUUUUUUCAAGUCCACAAUUUAUUUACAGUCAAAGACUUAUUUGAAGCUGGUGUACAUUAUGGACACAAAGAGGGGUCAUUGAAUGAAUAUAUGUUACCCUAUAUUUAUGGAUCCAGACAGGGCCAUUUAAUUUUUGAUUUAGAUAUAACAGCAGAACAUUUGCGAAAGGCCCUUAAUUUUGCUGCCCAUAUUGCAUAUAGAGGUGGUAUUAUAUGUUUUUUCAAUAGGAAUGCACUUAAUGCACAUUUAGUUGAAAAAACUGCACAAGAAUGUGGGGAAUACGCACACACAAGGUUUUGGAGAGGUGGGAUUUUCACAAAUGCUAAUCAUCAAUUUGGGGCUGUCACCAGGUUACCAGAUUUGUGCAUUUUCAUGAAUACACAAAACAAUAUAUUGAACCAACACACAGCAGUACGAGACAGUGCAAAAAUGUUAAUACCAACCAUUGGCAUUGUAGACUCAAAUUGCAGUCCCAACUUAAUAACAUAUCCCGUACCAGGUAAUGAUGAUACACCUCGGGCUAUAGAAAUGUAUUGUAAGCUCUUUAAAGAAGCAAUUAAGAGAGGAAAAGAUGCAAGGAUGAAGUUUCUACAAGAAAACAACUAGUGAUUUAAGUUUUUAAAAAACAUUUAUAUAGUUUAAUAUAACAAUUAGUUUGAGUAACUGUUUUGUAAACAUAAACAAUAGAAUAUACGUAAUCAAGACUA